ACGAAACAUAACAUAAGAAAAUAUGAAGAUAAUAAAGAGUUCUCCACUUUUGGCUAUGCUGCUCGGCCUCAUUAUCAUAGCUGCCGCAAUCUCCACCAUUUCCGUUGAGGGCCGUAAACAUCACGUCAAAAGGAUCAAACCCAAACACCGUCGUCAUUCUAAAGACACCCCGGCCGGCUCUCCUGCACCCGCCCCUUAUCCGUCCACCCAUGAUGGGGUUUUCAACAUCCUCGCCUUCGGUGCUAAGGGAGAUGGGGUCUCAGAUGACUCAAAGGCAUUGGUUGGAGCGUGGAAGGCCGCUUGUAAAGUGGCCGGAGGGAAGGUGGAGAUUCCGGCAGGGAAAGAGUUUAUGGUGAAGGCGGUGACGCUGCAAGGACCGUGCAAUGAGAACACGGUGGUUCAGAUAGAAGGAACUUUAGUGGCUCCUGCUAAGAUAGGGUCAUGGUCUAAGUCAAGCUUGUUUCAAUGGCUUAACUUCAAAUGGGUCAGUCACGUCACCAUCCAAGGCUCAGGGACACUUGAUGCUCGUGGCUCUAACUGGUGGAACUUAGACAAUUAUCAAACUCAAAAGAGAAAUAAGUAUAUCCCACCAAUGAAACCAACGGCACUUAGGUUUUAUUCAAGUGGCAACGUGACGGUCCGUGACAUAAGCAUCAUGAACAGCCCAUUGUGUCACCUGAAGUUUGAUGAUUCCGAUGGAGUCAAAGUCAACAACAUAACGAUCUCUUCGCCGGAGAAUAGCCCUAACACCGACGGCAUCCACCUCCAGAACACACGCAAUGUCGAGAUUCAACACUCCAACAUCGCUUGCGGAGAUGACUGUGUAUCCAUUCAAACUGGCUCCUCUAAUGUACAUAUUCACCACAUUAGCUGUGGCCCUGGCCAUGGCAUCAGCAUAGGAAGUCUGGGAAAAGAUAAGACUGUGGCAUGUGUGUCUGAUAUCAUUGUUGAGGAUAUCUCAAUACAGAACACUCUUGCCGGUGUUCGAAUCAAGACUUGGCAGGGAGGAUUAGGGGUAGUCAAGAACCUAACAUUCUCCAACAUACAAGUAACAGACGUGCAAGUACCGAUAGUAAUAGACCAAUAUUACUGCGAUAAGUCCAAGUGUAAGAAUCAAACUAGCGCAGUAUCAAUUUCGGACGUUAAGUACAACAACAUCGUCGGUAGUUUCACGGCACAACCGGUACGUAUUGCAUGCAGCAACAACGUACCAUGCAUGAACGUGGAUCUGAUGGAUAUUAGGUUACGACCUUCCGGAGGAAUCAGAGGGUUACAAACUCAUCAACAGCAACACGCUUUGUGUUGGAACUCGUACGGCAAAACACAAGGGCCUUUGGUUCCUUCGAGCAUCGGUUAUUGCUUAAAGAAGAGUAAUAUUGAUGGUUAUUAUCCCAAGAGAUUUAUAGCUUCGUCCCAAGAAAAACUUUGCUCUUCAUAAAACCUUUAAUAUAAAGUUAGGGUUAUUCUAUUAUCCCAAAAGAUUUUAUAUAUCUUUUUGUGCUAGAGAUGAUAAGAUUUUUUAGAUCAGUUAUGCCACCGGUUCUAUCCCGAUAGGUACCUGUGUUUGGCAUAUGGUUUAUUUAAAAUUCUGUUAUUUUGGGAGAUCAUAUCAUGAUGUUUCUUUCUGCUUCCCUUCUCCACCUUUUUGUGGAUGUAAGAAGGUGAUGGCUUCUGUAUCAGCUUUUUUUCUGUAGUGUUAUGAUGUAUGAUUGCAAUUUCAGAGGUUUG